AGCCGCUCGGGGCCUUCUGCCCAGGCCGGCGUUCGCCCCGCGGACGCGACUGCUCGCCGUCCUCCACGGCGUCGGCGGACGAGACCGCCGCCGCGCAGGCGCUGCACGGGAAGGGGAAGGGAGCGUUUCCGCAGGGGACGCUUCCGGUGGGAGGUGCGCCCGGGGACCUGGAGCUGGGGCGGACGCUUCCGGCGGCGGCGAGGAUGGCGGCGGAGAACCACUGCGAUUUCCCGGUUCCCCCGAUCGGCGGCCUCGGCCUGGGAGGCCCGGGCGUGCCCUGCCGCCGGUGCAGCUCGGCGCCGCCGCCCGGCGCGGUGCCCGGCAAGUGGGUCCGGCUGAACGUGGGGGGUACCUGCUUCCUGACCACUCGGCAGACGCUCUGCAGGGACCCCAAGUCCUUCCUCUUCCGCCUUUGCCAGGCCGACCCCGACCUGGACUCGGACAAGGAUGAAACAGGUGCCUAUUUAAUAGACAGAGACCCGACUUACUUUGGGCCAGUGCUGAACUAUCUCAGACAUGGGAAACUGGUUAUUAAUAAGGACCUAGCUGAGGAAGGUGUACUGGAAGAGGCUGAAUUCUACAAUAUCACAUCACUAAUAAAACUGGUAAAGGACAAAAUAAGAGAAAGAGACAGCAAAAUCUCACAGGUGCCAGUCAAACAUGUGUACAGGGUGCUGCAGUGCCAAGAAGAGGAACUCACUCAAAUGGUUUCCACAAUGUCUGAUGGCUGGAAAUUUGAACAGCUUGUCAGUAUAGGUUCCCAGUACAGCUGUGGCCGGGCCCAGCAGUCAGAGUAUCUGCUGAUAGUGUCACGGGAAGUGAAAGGGGAAGAGAGAUGCUUCCAGAAAUGCUGCAGUGAGCUGGUCAGUAUUGGUUCUUCUUAUAACUAUGGCAAUGAAGAUCAGGCUGAAUUUCUGUGUGUUGUCUCAAAGGAAUUGCAUAACACUCCCUACGGCACAACCAGUGAACCCAGUGAAAAAGCAAAGAGUGAGGAUGAAGAAACGGAUUACGAUAUGAAUGACUCAGAUUAAGUGUAAAUGUCAUGAUUUUGCAAGAACGAGGUUCCAGGAUGUGAAGACAGUAUUUGAACGGUGACAAUUUUUUCUCUUUUAUUCCAAGACGCAGUGAAUUGUCACACUGAAGAGGCUCAGCUGCAAAAGAAAAAAUCUGAUUUAGACAAUUUUCUGUUGAUCUGGGUUCAACCAUUUUUGCCUAUAAGCUGGUGUCAACUGGCUGAAAGCAUUGCAAGAUUACAUAACGGGAAUAGAUGGUGUGGGAGUGUGCGUUAAGUUCUGGUUGUAGUGCAUGGUUGUACUCUCUUGUGGGCUGACUGACACUGGUCAUUUGAAAAGAAAUGACCAUGCACUCAUAUUUUUCUGAGACAUGUAGCACUUAAUGUCUGGUGCUGGAUGACCCAAUGUUGAUCAGUUUGGAGACAUUUUCCUACUAAUCAUUGUAAACAUUUAAAGGACAAUGUAAUUGGUGCUACACACACACACACAUAUAUAUUACAGCCCACAUGCAAAUAUUUGGGCCUACAUUGUUUCAGAAUCAGUGGCAGCCCCAGUUGACUCUCUUAUACUGCACAUUCCUCUAUGGCUCUGUGACAUACUCUAUUAUGUAAUAAAAGCCUAGGAGAUCAACUGAAACUAGCACGUAAAAAGUUACACAACAGACAUAAGGUUUCUCUAAAGGAAAAGUGUAUAUAUUGACUGGAUUUAUAGAAUAUUUUAAUACCCAAAGGGAAGACUAAACUCAGAGAAAAUGGCCUUCGUCUGAGUUACUCUUGAUGUUCCUUCUGCUAAAACAGUCUCCUCCUGGAAAAGUUAUGCUCCAGUCUUAGCCAGAUGUUCGGAAGGAGAAUCAAAAUUUACUUAAAAUGAACAACUGAACAUUCUGUUUCUUUUGACAUGUUUGUACUCAUAUGUGUGUUUGUGCUUUUAUAAAAUGCCUAUAAGCAUUGAACUGUGGAUUAUGGUAGAGAUUUUUCAGGAGCUGGAAUCUGUACAGAAAUAUGGCUGGCUAGUCCUAGAUCCCUAUUUCUGACUGGGAUUAAAAUCAACCUUGAGUGUGAACACAAGUUCAUCCAAUUGAAAAACUUAAUUACUUCAGACAUUCAGGAUACUUGUAAUCAAUCUUUCUCUUUCUAUACUGUUUCAACUAUGCAGUUAAAGAACACUGUUUGAAAACAUCUGGUGCAGCUUUAUUAGUUUGUCUUUGAUGAAGGCUAAUACACAAGACUGGAGCUUUGGAGCUUUUUAAUACACUAUGUUUUGAGCAAAAUAUUUAGCACAUCUUCAAAACAGUUAAUGAAAUGGACAGUAUAAAACUCAGCUUCAUUGACUUAUGAAAGCAGUUGGGAGGGAGUUUCAAAAAGCUACAAUAUUGUUUUGAAUUCUAAAGACAUUACAGAUUUUAUUUUCAGUAACUUCAGAAUUUAUGGACAUACUUUAGGUAAUCCUUUACACAGAAGCCCAAUUUUCAAACACCCAGGGUCCACUUUUUUUUUUUUUUUUUUAAAAAAAAAAAAAAAAGGACUUGCUAUACAUUGAUAAAAGUUUGGCAGAAACAAUUUGUAAAAAACAUUUCUACUAAGCAGGUUAAGCAAUGGGCUAAAUGUUUUGUCCAUGUGUCUAAUGCUUGAAAAGGUUUGUAAUGCAUUUGCGACUUGGAUGUGGUCUGCACAGGAAGCUGCUGGCCCUUCCACAACAACACAUAAAAUGUUUGCCUUUUUUAAAAACUGAAUUGAAUUUACUAAAAAUGUAAUUGUGUAGGGGGAAAUGUUUAUACUUUUAUACUUUUUUAGGCACCCAUAUUUUGUCAGCUUAAAUUUAGCACCCAAAUUUCCCCUAAAUAGUAACAGAUUAUCUUGUUUAUCUGAAAAUAAGCAUAACAGUUGUCUGUGUUAACUACAUAUUAAAACAUUUCCUCUGCUGCAGUAGCCACUGUGUUUUUAAACAGUAUGAUUCCACCAAAUUCUCUGAGCUCCCUAGCUCAUGGAAUUGUAGCCAACCAUGUUUCUUGUUUUCUUGAUGUGCUCUACAGAGUAUUUUGGGAUUGGCCUAAGUGGGUACAAUGAACCUUCUGAAACAACAUUUCUGUUGUCUCUCUUAACCCCCAAAAGAAUAUUUUACUUCAUAAAGUGAAAUUUUCAAGAAAAACAGCAGCAAAGCAUGAGUAACAAACUGAGCAGACUGAACAAAUUCAGAAUAUGUAAAAGAGUGGAUUUUUCUAAGUAUGUUUUUUUCACUGGAGUUUUUUUCAGUUUAAAAAUGUGCUUUUAUGGUGAGAUUACCUGCAAUUUAGUUUGCAUUGUAUCUCUGUUGUAGCAGAUUUUGGGGAAAUGAGUGGUUAAUCAUUUUGCACUUUGUUUCCAAUACCUCACAAAGAUUUUAAGAAAGGAAAAAAAAAAAAAAAGAGAACUUUAAUAGGCAGGUACCUUGUAAAUUAUUUUAAAUAUGCUAUUGUUUGAGAACACCUGAACUAACUACUUUCCUGUUCUUGCUAAUGUUAUUGUUGCUUUAAUUUUUGUGAACAUGUGAGGCUUUGACAGAUGCAAGUGCUACUGUAUGCCUUUUCCAAGGCAUUAAGAAUUGAUCCCUAAAUAAGUUUUUUUUUUCUUUGACUCUUGUAAUUUCAAAUAAAGGUAGCUACAGUAAUAAGGUUAACUGCAUUAGAGUCCAAUCUACAUCACCAGGUUUUGCAAACAUUGUUUUAUCUUGCAGGAUGAGGUAACAUACCGAUACAGUUUAAACUGGAGUCCUUUGUCUAUUUCUUUUCUGUCAUUUGGAGAAUAUUUACCUCAGAAGAACUGCCUGUUAUUAUGUAAAUCUCAUGGGUUCACUAGGGGCAUGUAGUUGAAAAGCUAUAUUGUAAAAGCCUUUGACAUGAACUCUUAGAUUUACACAGCUCCUCUAUUCUUAAAUUAAAACAGUAUUCCAGGUUAGAAUUUGAAGAUCCUGAGCAUAAAGAGAUCAUAGCAGAAGAAAUAAAGCAAGAAGGGAGAGAUACCAAAAUGUAACAGUUGAUCAAGAUGACAUCUUAUGAAAAUGUAAAUUCUAUGAAAGAUUUAGCUUUCUACUCUUUUGCUAUACAGAUAUUCAGUGAAGCUGUUUGGCAUGUUGUCCAUGGAACAGGAGGUUACUUCAGCAUAUGAUUAGUGCAUUUUCAGUGAAAUUCUUUAAAGGCUUUUCCAUGACAAAUAUCUUGCAAAACUUGCUUAAAAACUGAGAAGUUCAAAAUUACCAUAGCAAUUUCUUGCUUUGAGUUAGGAAACUGAUAGCGUAUUAUUGGCCUUAAGUUUUGUCAGAGGCUAAUUUUCUGUAUUGGAGAUGACGUUUUUGUGUUAAAUGCUUUUGACUUCUUCAAGCAGCAAUUAAAUCAGUGUUUAUCUGCAAUGAACAAGUUAUUCUGAGGCUUCCAAGACAUGAAUGUCACCUGGUCCAUAGUAACUGUCCAGAAGUACAGUCUGACUCAGCAGCUCCCACAGUAAAUGUGAAAUAUUUUUUUUUUUUAAACAAACAACGAAAGCUUACCUUUAAUGUUCUCCCACUUACUGUGGGGUUUCCAUGAAUUGUGGCUAAUGGCAGUUUGUUAUCCCACAGUAAUUUAAUUGUGUGUCAAAGGCCUGAUUGUAUUUAGAAGCUUAUGUUGAUUCUCUACUAAACUUUCAGUUCUCAGAAUCAUGUAUUCAGAAAAUUUGGAAAAUGUACUGUGUUUUUUUCAAAUUCAACUAGGUUUCUUGUAAUGAUAAAAGUUCCUUUAAUUUUUCAUUGUAGCGUUAGUAAAAGAUAUUCCUUAAGAAACUGAGCUCAAUGUAUCCAUCCAACUUUGUUGUCUUCAGAUUUUCUUCAGACAGUAGCUGUUUAGCUCCAUUUCUAGCAAUGUCAAUGCACGGUUAUGAUUGCUUAGAAUCAGGACCAUUUCCUCAAGAUAUCAAAAUUGAAUCAAUCUCCUUUGAGAGAGUUUUUCUUUAGGAGAAAAAUGAAAACUUCUAGCAGAUUAAACAAAACUAAACUUGAUUGCAGGCAUGCUUAGGGAACAGGUCUGUCAAGUAGGAUGAUGGAGUUUUCAGAAAACUGCUUCUCAGAACAGAACACUAUUCUGCGAAUUUAUGUUGAGGUUGCUGAGAGUUGUCAGACUCUUUUUGAGCAGUAGAGAGCUACCACCAGCAAAUUAACACACAUUAAUUACAAAUUACUAUUUUUAAUAGUAUUACAAAAAUUAACUUGGAAUGCAAAAAUGCAGUUGUAUCUGAUUGAAUGAAAUUACCUAGAAACUGGAUUAUAAUGUGUAUUGUUCAACCAUUCAAUUACACUGGAGUACAUUCCUUGAGAAGUAUUGAGAGAAAAGUGAAGUACUGGGCUUUUCAUGAUCAGUCAAGUGAAAUUGUCUGAAGAUGAAUCCUGGGAUUUUGUUCACUUGAGAUGUGAUAAAAUGAGAAAGUGUCAUUCUCCUAUUUUAUUCUCUCUCUCACCACAUUAAAAGCAUCUUUCAAGUUUUUCAAACUGACUUAUUCAAUCAGCCCUAAAAGGUGGGGCCCUUGAAAAGAGAUGAGAUUUUUUUAUACCUUCAACAGUACCUGUUAACUCAGGACAAUAGGAUUAACACUUCCAGUGGUUAUUGGAGAACAGUCUUUUUGAACACAACAAUUUUGAAAUACCUAUGGUCUGAGGAUGCUGCCUGUCACUUUGUUAUAGUUUAGACUGCCAUUAUCUCCAGCUUUAAGGACAAUCUCAGGAUCUUACUUGGGUUUGUGUGUAGAAUUAUUGAUUCUUAAAGUAGUAUAAAUAAUCAGUUUUAAAAAAAUUGUGGAAGGCUCUCUGAACUCAGUGUCAUAUAACUUCUCUUUCUUCUAGCUCACAACAAUCAGAAGCUGUCUUUAAAGGCUUCUUACUGAACCAGGGCUUUAAAGGGCUAAAGAAAUCUUAUUGUCAGACAGAAGGAACUCUUUCCAUUUUCAGUGCAGAAACGCUAAGGGCUAAAAUCCUUUCCAGAGCUAAUUUGAAGUCCUGGAGAUAUAUAAUGUUUAAGAAGUAGCUAGUCUGUUUUUCUUUCAACUCAAAGAUUCUAGAAUAAUUUUUACAAAUGGCUGAACCAGUUGCCAGUGUAAGCAUUCAUAUAUGGCUUGAAAUUUCAGUAUCCAUCUUGGUAAGGAAUACACUAGAGAAGACAAUACACUUGCCCACCACUUUAUUAUUGCCUGUGCUGAAAUUUACCAACUUUUAUAAAGAGCCCUGGCAGCAGAGAAAGUUUGAGGAAGAUUCUGCCCUAGGAAAUUGUCACUGAAUAUUUCAUUGCAACUUAGCUGUCCUUUAACAAGGUCUACCAAGGCAUUAACUUCUCAAAAAUUCAGUGAAUAGAUACUGCUGCAAACAUAGCUUUCAGGGCCCAUCAACGGGUUCUCUUUAGGAUGUUAUGGGUUAAUAACUGGUAUAAUGAGAGAAACUUUUUAAAAAGUUAUUUUGCUGCUUUGGGGGUGGGUGGAAGGGGAGGAAGUUCUGUGACAGUGUUCUCCUUGCUUUAGAAAGGUGAGCCUAAAUUUUGACCUGACUUAACACCUGUUGAGAUUUCCAGGCCUGGUCAUCUGAAAUGUAAGAGUUAAUGUAUUUAUGUACAUGAUUCUUGCUCCUUUUGAAGAUUUUCCAAAACCUUAUGCUCAACUUCUCUCAAACUUAACUUGGCUCGUGUACUUGCUAGGAUGAAGCAAGUGCUAAGACAGUGUAAGAGAAAUGUUGCCAACCUGUCCACCUGGAACUGAAACAAGAUCACCAAACUGAAGGAGUAUCAUAUAGCAACUAUUUCCACCUGCUUCUGUCCUGAGCCUCAUCUGAGUCUAGCUAUGAAAAAAUCUAUUUUCUUUGGACUCUCUAGUGCCACCUACCGAAUUCAACAAAUGUUCUUUUUUUGCCCUUUUCCCCCCAAAUCACUGGUCUCAAAAUUAGUUGUGCAUCAGCUGUUUCUGUUAAUAUCUAAGUGGCCAUACUUUCAACAUGUUAUUUCCUGGAUAGUGGGUUAUCAAUAACACUUUAUUUUGUGCCAAUUCAUUAUCUCUGAAGUGUUCUUACUGCAGCAAAGUUUGAGUUUUGAUCUGGUUUUAAUGCUUUUGCAUUAGACAAAAUUCUUAGCACAGACAUACUCAAGAAACUGAAUACAUGGAAUUUCCCUGCAUAAAAAUCUGCUAAAGCUUCCCAAAUCAUUUAAAGAUGGUUACAGUUCACCAUCAUUUUUAAAACAAACAUACAAUGAAAAUGUGUGUGGGUAUUUUUUUAACCUCCUUUUCAUAACACUAGCAUACUGUAAAUUGCAUGAAAUAAACCUGUUUUUUUCCCUUUUGAA